CUGCCGGCCGGCGGCUCGGGGCGGCGCGCCGGGUACCUCGCGGGGCGGGCGGGCGCCGCACCCCGGCCUGGCCGCCUGCGCCCCGGGGAGGCCCCCUGCGCGCGUCGGGACCAGCAGCAUGAGCAGCGGCUACAGCAGCCUCGAGGAGGACGCGGAGGACUUUUUCUUCACCGCCAGGACCUCCUUCUUCAGGAGAGCGUCUCCGGGCAAGUCCCGUUCGGGUCAGCCGGAUGUGGAGAAAGAGAAGGAAACUCACAAUUACCUCAGCAAAGAGGAAAUCAAAGAGAAAGUCCAUAAGUACAAUUUAGCCGUCACAGACAAGUUGAAGAUGACCUUGAACUCAAAUGGGAUUUACACUGGCUUCAUUAAGGUGCAGAUGGAACUCUGCAAACCAACCCAGACCCCAGCCAACCCCGGGAGACUCCCACCCAGUAGCCGAGGGUGUGUGAACACCCUUCACAUCAGCAGCACAAACACCGUGGGAGAAGUGAUCGAGGCCUUGCUCAAGAAGUUUCUGGUGACGGAGAGCCCCAGCAAGUUUGCACUUUACAAGCGAUGUCACAGGGAAGACCAAGUGUAUGCCUGCAAGCUCUCCGACCGGGAGCACCCGCUCUACCUGCGCUUAGUAGCAGGGCCCAGAACUGACACUCUGAGCUUUGUCCUUCGAGAACACGAAAUUGGAGAGUGGGAAGCCUUCAGCCUACCAGAGCUGCAGAACUUUUUGCGCAUCUUGGACAAGGAGGAGGAUGAGCAGCUGCAGAGCCUGAAGCGGCGCUACACAGCCUACAGGCAGAAGCUGGAGGAAGCCCUGGGCGAGGUGUGGAAGCCCGGCUAAGGCGAGGGCUUCCUGUCAGGAAGGCACAGCUCGGACCCAUGAAAGAGCGGCACCGCCCCUGCUCAGAGAGCUAUUUCCGUGCCCGCCAUGCUAGGGCCUUCCUCUUUUCUCUCUAGACACAGUUCUCAAAGCCUGCGCAUGCAGCAUCCUGCACCUCACCGAUUGGCACAAGGGACUCUGCAAGCUUGUUCUGUUGGCAUGGCGACAUUACCUCUUGCAAGCUGUGAGCCUGUGGUCCUCGGUCACAUCCUGGAGUGCUCGGAAGCAUGAACUCUGGGUUGAUUCCCUGUUUUCUUCUAGUUACUUUGAUUAUGUGAUCUUUGUUAGGCUUCAGGGUGUGCAGAUACUAACAAGCAGUCUUUGCAAACUUGUCCUGCGGCGAAACUACCUGCUUGGUCCGAACAGUCUGCCCCGCGAUCUGAAAGACACAGGAAUGUAGGAAGUCUGGGGGGUGGGGAAAGAUUGUGUAAGAGUUUUGAUAAAGAAAGAAAAGAGCACGUUGGGAAGGUAGAGGGAGUGGAGAGCGCCCUCGGCUUGGGAGGGUGGCAUGGCUUCUGAGUUAGCGAUAGAGGAGGAAGGUGUAUUUGUUCGUAAAGGAGUCAAAAGCAUUUAAAAGCAUUCAGGGUUGGUGUUUUAAGAUUGCUUGAUUUAGUGGUAAAGUGUGGGGUCAGAGCCAAAGAUAGGAGCUAAGCCCAAAGGAGGGGCCCAUGAACUGCAGCUGGCCUGUGGCGGAUUUACCCUUGACUGAGGUGAUCCAGAGGAAGGCCCCCCUGCGGCUGGCCCUGUGGUGAACCAGAGGGAGGUCUUCUGCUCCUGUGGCUGGACCUGGCAUCUGUGCACCAGUUCCCCGACUCUGCUAGUGUAGAGCGGAUGGUCUCUGGGUAUAGCUUCUCUGUAGGUAUAGGUGGGGCCUGACCAUGACUGAUCUCUGUUAAAUGUAGUUGCCCCCCACCUCCCACCCAGAGUUUUUUCUCAAUUAAAAAGGAGUUUAGGUAAGGGCAGCUGUUUACCCUCAGCUGUUAGCUAGAAGAUGUAUCAAGUCCAGGGCUCACAGCAAACUUUUUUUUUUUUUUUUUUUUUUUUGGUUUUUCGAGACAGGGUUUCCCUGUAGUUUCUAGAGCCUGUCCUGGAACUAGCUCUUUGUAGACCAGGCUGGCCUCAAACUCAGAGAUCCGCCUGCCUCUGCCUCCCGAGUGCUGGGAUUAAAGGCAUGUGCCACCACCGCCCGGCUCACAGCAAACUUUUUGACAAUCACUCUCUUCCCCUUUAUUCCACCUCCCCUUUCCCCUCCCUCUCCCCCUCCCCCUUUGGUGUCCCCUUUGUCCCUCUAAAGUGUUCUUACAAAGUAGAGGACAGGGAUGCUGAUUAAAGGCCAAUCCUACCACAUCCUUGCCUCUCAGAGACUUGACUAAGGCCCCAAGGAAGGCAAGUCCACACCCCGCUGACUACACCACAGCCGCUCAUUCUGGAACUAUUUUAACAGACUUGUGCGUGUUCCUUCCAACCAAAGAAAUGCAUGUGCAAUAGAAGCCUUCCUGAGGACCGGGCGCCGUCUCCUCAGUUUCUGCAGCAGCUUGCAAAUCGGAGAGCAGAGGGAGCGGUGUGCUGGGCUUCCGGAGGGGCCUCACCCCUCACCGUCUCUCUGCUUUGAGUCUAGGUAGAUUUUGUUGUUGUUUAUAAAUUCCCAAGGAAUUGUUAAUGGGUGAGACUUAAUGGAUUCUUUUGGAAAUUCCAAGGUGCUCCAGCUCUUUGCUUUUCUAUGAACCGUGCCUUUGAGUAUCUGUCUCCGCGGUGGCUCUCCCGACUCGUCAGAGGCUGUCCCCUGUGGGGCAGAUCCAAGUGCAGGGUGUGCUCCACAAGCUCUCGUGACAAUCGGAUCAUCUAAGCUCUUAGGAAGAGUUGGAAAAAAAAAAUAAAACAGAAAAACAGUAGAACUAGCUAUAAAAUAUGAAUGGCACAUCUUGCUUAAUUUUGCAUGUAAUUUCUUAGUGCGUCAGCGAGGCUUUAGUGACACCGUCACCCAGCCCUUCGCCUUUGUUGUUCAGGGAAUGCCUUUGUGGCUUCUGUGCUGGUUUUACUAUUGAGACUGUGGCUUGGGUUUGUGUCCGCUGUCGCCAGCCACCUGGUCUUCUAAUUACUCCUCCAAGUAAGCUUAGAGUUGGUGAAGCGUUGGUUUCUCAGUUCAAGACCCUGCUAGAACCUGAAAGUAGUAGCUGAUGGCUAUCUGUGAAUUUAUUAUUAUUUUUUUUUUUACUUGAAGUAGACUGUGUGAUGCAGGAAUAUCCUCACCUGUGUUCGUUUGAACCUCGCUCGCUGCCGUGUGCACUACACCUCGUGACUCGGAAACUGUGGAAGAUCUGCCCGGUCCGGGUUCCUGAAGAUUGCUGUUCUCCCAAACACUGGUUACUACAGCAGCGUUUCUAACGCAUGAACAAGAGCCCCAGAGGCCAAAGAUCUCUAUUCUAUUGUCACCCAUUAUUCCAGCCUUUCCGUAAAAUGAAAGCAAGCUUUACUGCAAUGCUGUUUUCUCUCCAGAAUGUGAUGGUACCCGAGCGAACGGUGUUAAAUGAAGGGCGGAGUUGCAGGGGAGCAUUUUAAAUCUAGAAGUUAAAAGCUAUAUUUAUAAUGUUGAUGAGUUUAAGUUUUAUUUUUAUAGGGAAGAUUUUUCUCCCCUGAAGUUGUGUCUGGAAUGGCAAAAUUGUUUCUGUUAUUAAAAAUUGAAGUUGUUAGUUGA